ACAAUGCAGGCAAUCACUGUUUAUGGAGCUUUACAUGGGCUUCAGAGCGAUUGAAGUUCACAUGUCACCUUGGACCAUUACUGAUCAGCCAAGUUUCUCUUACUGAGGCCUCUUAAUUGAAUGUAUUGCACUGGCACAUUGUAGAUACCCAAUCCUUCCCGUUGCAGAUACCUUCGUAUCCAAAGCUGUGGAAUGGUGCUUAUUCAGCUUCAGAAUGAUAUACAAUGGCUGACGCUGCUGAAAUUUUAUUCCCAAAAACAAGGGAUUAACAUAAUGGCUGAAAUUGAUGUCCCUGGGCAUGCACUCUCCUGGGGGGUUAGCUAUCCUGCUUUAUGGCCAUCAAAGGACUGUCAGCAGCCACUUGAUGUCAGUAAUGAAUUCACUUUUCAAGUGAUAGAUGGAAUUCUUUCAGAUUUCAGUAAGAUCUUUAAAUUUAAGUUCAUUCAUUUGGGAGGUGAUGAAGUUAAUACAAGUUGCUGGACUGAUACUUCACACAUAAGCAAAUGGUAAGACUAGGAGGACUUCACAAAAGUUCUACACCAUCUGAAUUCUGAGGUAAACAUAAAGGCUCAUUUGGUUA